AUGCUUUCCAGAAACCUCCUCCACCGCCAUCUUCUACCGAUUGAAUUGUCUCUCUACCGACAUCAGAACCUACCACCGCCUCUAUCUAUCUCUCAACAUCGCCUAAUUAUACCUGUUACCAACAACUCAGACCAUAAGAACUUGAACAUCGCCGGCCGAUUUUCGCCGCCAACAUCACUGACCAUCCUUCCCGACUCAUUGGUGCUGCGGCGGCGUAUGACGGGUCGAUUCUACCACCACCGACGAAGAUGCGGGUGGAGGAAGUCGCUACAAAGUGAUGAAGACCAGAUAGAAUUAGUAGUCGUGUAG